AUGUCACAUCGAAAAUUACAGCAGGAAGUGGACCGAGUGUUCAAGAAGAUUAGUGAGGGUUUGGAGAUAUUUGACACGUACUAUGAGCGUCAUGAGAAUUGCACGAACAAUCCGCCGCAAAAGGACAAAUUAGAGAGCGAUUUGAAGCGGGAAGUCAAAAAACUUCAACGGCUGCGAGAACAGAUCAAAGCGUGGCAGAGCUCGCCAGAAAUUAAAGACAAAGACUCUCUGCUGGAGAAUAGACGAUCAGUAGAGGUGGCAAUGGAGAAAUACAAGGCGGUGGAAAAAGCGUCGAAGGAAAAGGCGUACUCCAACAAUAGUCUGAAAAAGUCCGAAAACUUGGAUCCUCAGGAAAAAGAACGCAGGGACGUGUGUGAAUAUUUAUCGCAAAGCAUUGAAGAACUGGAAAGACAGUACGAUUCCGUGCAGGUGGAAGUUGACAAGCUGAUAUUGCUGAACAAAAAGAAGAAAACCUUCACCACCGCCAACGAGGAGCGCAAAAACCAGCUCAAACAACUGCAGGGUAGGUUCAGAUGGCAUCUGCAGCAACUGGAACUCGCGCUGCGACUUGUGGAAAAUCAAGAGCUAGACCCAGAAAAAGUGAAAGGCGUGCGAGACGACAUCAACUACUACAUCGAAUCGAAUAUGGAGGCUGACUUCGUCGAGGACGAAACCAUAUACGACAGUCUGAAUCUCACAUCUAAUGAGGCCAUAGCACACGAAGUUGCCGCCGCGUUCGCUGCUCAGCACAACGAGGAGAUGGAGGAAGACGCUGCAAAGGAGAAUUCCAAGGUCUCCAAAAAGGAACAGCGAAGGCUGGAAAGAGAAGCCAAGAAGGCUGCAAAGGCCUCGGCUAAAGCUGGUGGGUCCUCCAGUGACCAUAUCCCAGAGCCCACGGGCAUAGUUAUACCGGCACGAAGCGAUACCAGGCACAACGAGCUUCAAAGCGAACCGACAUCGGUCAAUACCUCACGAUCACCAUCCCCCGCUGUGUCAUCGGCAGGCACGAGCUUACCAGCGACAUCUCAUGUCAAGACAAAAGCAACAGCAGUUCUGCCGUCUUCAGCCCACGCCACAAUCCAGCCUUCCACUAUUCCUAUAAAACAACGUAGUGUAUCGCGGGAUUCUGCACCAGAAUCUCACGGCCACACCCACAUUCACCAGACAUUCAAUGGAAUCACUACAAGUACAUUGAAGCCCGCGACGAUACCCAUCAGGCCAGCUGGAGACUUGAGGUGGGCCGCUGCCGCUUCUCAGGCUGCAGAGAAGGACAAGAAGGCCGAACAAGCAGCUGUGCUCCAAGCUCUUGGUCUAUCAAAUGUCUCCUCCGGCACAAACAGCACAGUGCCAAGCUCCUCCAAUACCCCGGACAUUUCGAAGCUACCGUUGGGACUUGAAAUUCAAAAACGAGCUCCUUCGACACCUAGCAUUCUAACCAGUGCGGUGCCACCACCCGGACUAGCAGCUCCGGCUACUGCGAAUGUUGUUCUUGGCAAUGGAGGAUCAUCCAACACCAAAGUGGACGAAACACUCGUCUCAAAGCUUCAGCCGGAAUCACCACAAGCACCAGAACCCGAAUUGUUCUUAGAUGACUAUGAGUCUGAGAUAUCCGUCGAAGACCUCGAAGACAUUCCUGAGCAGAGACUAUUCACAGCUGAAGAGCUUGAUAGCAAAACACAACGAGUCAAAGUGCUGAAAGAGAGUCUCAGCAACGACUUGGAUUUACUAGUUUUGCCUAGUGGUAUUCAAGACUUCAUCAUGAGCACUACGAUGACUCAAAACGAUCUAUAUCCACAAAAUCUAAAUGGGGCCAAGCAACGCACGAUAUGCGACACCUGUCGCGUCUCGAGGCUGGACGACAUACCCAAAACUUCCAAUCCGCCCUCUCCUCUGGAUGCUUUCCGUUCAACAAGUUUCUGGGAUGUUACUCGUUGUGCGCUACGUUCUAAACUUCCAAGUCAGACCGGCCACGACCUUUUAGAUCUUAACGAAAUUUUGGAGAACUUCCGUGGACUGGAAACGUUUUCGUUAUUUUACUGCUACUACUAUUCGAUUACACCACUGGAGCACAAUGUUGCAUAUGCAUUGCUAAUGGAGCGGAACUGGAAAAUGUCACGUACGGGAGACAGCUGGUAUUGCCGACACGGCUUGCCCAAAUUCACUAACGAGAUAUUUGAGAUUGCCGAUUACAAGAUAUUUAACUUGGACGACUGGGCUGUCAUUGAUAAACUGAAUUAUAAGCUAGACUACAGCAUGCUUAAGGAACAAUUCGUACUACCGACAGACACCCAUCUAGUACAACAAGAGUCUGCCUCGACUGAUGGUCCGACAGCGAACUCAGCAAGCCUGUGA